AUGCAAGGAACCAGGGUUGCUCCUUUUCACGACUUGAUGACGCAUUUUUUUUCCACCCUUAGUUUAGGAAAACCAAAAACGAAAGCGUUGUUUGUUUGUUCGAUCGAUCGUUUGUUUUUCGAUAUAUUCGACUUCCGUAGCGAGCGAUAUAUCGAAAAUUUUCUUAUUUUAAGCAUACGCUAA